AAAAUCAUACCAGGAGAACAUCUUACUUCGCAGCAUAGGCUGCUUGUAAUCGAUCUCAACAUAAAAGUCCAUAUACUUAAAAGAAAAGAACGGCUUCCACCAAAGAUACGAUGGAAAAUGCUAGAGAAGUAUGAAUGUGCCAAAAAACUCAAAGAACGGGUGAUAGAUAAAAUGAUAGAGAUGAAAGAUAUGGAAGGAUUGAAUGGGAACGAAUGUUGGAAAGAAAUGGCAAACUGUAUAAGGAGAGUAGCGAAAGAUGUCUUGGGAGAAUCGAAAGGCAAAGGCAUCAUAGACAAGGAAACUUGGUGGUGGAAUGAGGAGGUGCAGGAAAUACUAAAGCAAAAGAAACAAGCAUUUAGAGAAUGGCAAAAGGUUAAAGCUGGACAAGAAACUGAGGAGGCAAUAAAAAGAACGAAGUAUAUGGAAUGUAAGAAGAUGGCAAAACGUGCAGUUGCUAUAGCCAGAACAACAGCACAGGACAAAUUGUAUAACUCCUUAAAUAGUCCUCAAGGCGAAAAGCAGCUGUACCGCCUUGCCAAAGCGAGAGAAAGGACUUCCCGUGAUGUAUCUUAUAUAAAAUGUGUGAAAGAUGAUGCAGGAAGGGUGCUAACGAAAGAUGAAGGCAUAAGAGAACGUUGGAAAGGCUACUUUGAAAGGUUGAUGAAUGAAGAGAAUGAUUGGAGUAGAGUACUGGAUCAUAAACCGAUAAAUAUGGGUGCAGUGAGAGAAAUAUAUAUGGAUGAAGUAAGAGCGGCUGUGAGAAGUAUGAAAAAUGGAAAAUCAGUAGGACCAGAUGAUAUACCAGGAGAAGUAUGGAAGUUAUUGCGUGAGGAUGGAUGUAAGUGGUUGACUUUGUUCUUCAAUAAGUUGUUGCAUGAAGAAACUAUUCCCGACGAAUGGUGCGACAGUUUGCUGGUGCCCAUUUUUAAAAACAAAGGGGAUGUACAGGAAUGCAACAACUAUAGAGGAAUAAAGCUCAUGUCACAUAGCAUGAAAAUAUGGGAAAAAGUGAUAGAGAGACGCCUGAGACACGAGAGUGAUAUAACACAAAACCAAUUUGGGUUUAUGCCAGGGAGAGGUACAACAGACGCCAUUUUUGCACUUCGCCAACUGUGCGAAAAAUACAGACGUGCAAAAAAGAACUUGCAUAUGGUGUUUGUGGACCUUGAAAAGGCAUACGAUCGAGUACCCCGAGAGGUUUUGUGGUGGGCUUUGAAAGAGAAAAGCGUGCCUGGGAAGUAUGUGGAGCUAAUUCGGUCAAUCUGCUGGCACCACCGACAGGUUCAGUGUCACGGUAGGCUUGCACCAGGGAUCGGCCUUAAGUCCUUACCUCUUCCUGCUUAUUAUGGACGCUCUGUCGUCGGACAUACAGGAGGAGGCACCCUGGUGUAUGCUUUUCGCUGAUGACAUUGUGCUUGUGGGUGAAGACGGACUCGAGGUACAGAGCAGACUUGAGAAAUGGCGGCAUAAGCUGGAGAAUGUUGGCCUGAAGAUCAGCAGAUCUAAAACUGAGCAUAUGUUCUGCGAUUUCGGCGGUCUCUCCAGUUUCGCUGCCAUGGAACUCGAUGGCGUUACGUUGCCGGUCUGCUCCGACUUCAAGUACCUCGGUUCGCUGGUACAGUGCGAUGGCGAUAUUGACCGUGAUGUGAAAAACCGGAUUAGCACAGGAUGGAUGAAAUGGCGACAGGUCACGGGAACCAUUUGCGACGCCCGAAUGCCUCUUCGAUUGAAGGGUAAAAUUUAUAAAACCAUCAUAAGACCUGUCGUCAUGUAUGGAUCGGAGUGUUGGGCCCUAAAGGUGACGGAUGAAAAGAGGUUGCAUGUAGCGGAGAUGAGAAUGUUAAGAUGGAUGUGUGGUGUGACAAGAAUGGAUAGGAUAAGGAAUGAGUAUAUAAGAGGAAGCCUAAAAGUUGCACCUAUAGUAGAAAAAGUAAGAGCGAAUCGCCUAGCGUGGUACGGGCAUGUGAUGCGGAGGGAUGAAAGUCAUGUGACGAAAAAGGUAUUACGAAUGAAUGUGGAGGGAAGUAAUGGGAGAGGAAGACCGAGAAAAGGGUGGAUGGACUGUGUGAGAGAUGAUAUGAAGCGAACGCAAGUGAAUGAUGAGAUGACGGGCGAGAGAGAGGUAUGGAAGAAAAAGACAUGCUGCGCCGACCCCAAAUGAAUGGGAUAAGGGCAAGCGAAUGAUGAUGGGUCGUAGAUAUUACACUAGUGCGAUAAUUAGCACAUUACGCAACUAUGACGAAUAUUUAAAGGGUCAUAUGUACUGUAAAACGUUGUACGAUACAUGUGCGAAUAGGUAAUUCGCAACUCGUAUCGAUUUAAAACACUCCCUA